GUGCACAGGACUACGUGCUCGUUUGUCUUCUUUCCCGCCAAGUAUCCCCUAUAACCUUUUUCCCCGCCUAAGUUUCCCCUUCCCCUAGGGCCACUUUCUCUCUCUUCCCUCCCCUUCCCGUCAUCCCUCACUUGGCUCUCUCCAAGGUAAAUCUACUCAAACAUGAUCGGAGACCAAGUUUCCAAAGGCAGCGACGGCAUAAUGAUUGUAGAAUAUGAACAGAAGCAAGGCAAUGUUGUUCCUGAUGGAUUUAAUUCUCAUUAUCUCAAAGUUUACUAUGGAAAACUCUUUCCAUAUGCAGAUAUUUUUAAAUGGAUGUCCUAUGGAAAUGAUGGGAAGCAUCCUGCGUGUGACCAGUCUUACUUUAGCCGGAGAGAGUUCUCUUUCACACAGGAAAAUGAUGUCUAUCUGCGGUUCCAGUCCUUCAACUCUGUGCCUGAGCUUGAAAGUUCUGUCAAAGAAAAGUGUCCAGUCAAAAUAGAUAUUGGGCCUGUGUACAGUGUUGAUUUGCAGCCUGCAAAGAGGCACGCAUAUGCUCAGAGUGGCGAUAAUGUUUUCACCCCAGUGGAGAGGGAACUGAUUUUCGAUAUAGAUAUGUCUGACUACAAUGAUGUGAGGUACUGCUGUUCAGGAGCUGACGUUUGCUUGGAGUGCUGGCCACUUAUGACAAUUGCUAUUAAAGUGAUUGAUACAGCCCUUAGAGAUGACUUUGGUUUCAGUCACAUUCUCUGGGUAUAUAGUGGUAGACGUGGAGUUCAUUGCUGGGUUUGUGAUGGGAAAGCAAGAAGGAGAUCUUAUACUGGAGUUCUUACAGAGUUCUUUAAGAAAUUGCUUUUGAGUCAAAAGAUAUUUUCAACUGAGGAGAGAUAUGAAAAGAUCUUAGAUAUGAUUCCCGAUCCUGAUCAAUCUAUUACUUCUGAGCUUCAUGGAAGGUGGCAAGAGAAGAGACAAACCCCCGGUUCAAAAGAAGACAUUAAUGUUGUUCGAUGGGAGCAGCUAAAUACUAUGUUGCAAUCUGGAAAAUCUAAGGUGCAAGGUCUGCGUAGGUGGGUUGAAGAGAUUGUGUUCUCUUUUACCUACCCUAGUCUUGACAUGGAGGUUUCGAAACACAUGAACCAUUUGUUAAAGGCACCUUUCUGUGUACACCCAAAAACAGGUCGUGUUUGUAUUCCAAUUGAUCCAAAUCAUUGUGAGGACUUUGAUCCUGCUGCAGUACCAACCUUUCCACUCUUUUAGAACAACUCAGCAUUGGCGGUUUGAGAGCAGAAGGUGAUAAUGGAGGAGAUGGAAAGUUCCUAUAACGCUAAACUGCAGCAGUCGAAGAACUCCUUUAAUUGGUAAAACUGUUUGCUGCUAUCAAUUUAUGUUGUGAAUGUCCAACUUUCAUGGAUCUAGUUGAUGUUGAAAUUAUAAUUUCAAAAGACAAUUAGGAUUUUAACAAAGAAGAGCGCUACUCAGUGUAAAUUUCGUGUUUAUAAGCCGUCAAUAACAUUUCAUUUUAAUCAAUAUAGAUAUCCGCGUUAUCAAUGCAAGAUCUGUUCUAUGACAUAAUUAUUUAUGAUUUCAACUUCCAUUUGUAUAAUUUUGAAGUAAACAGUAUUGGUACUGGAAUUGGUAAAAUGGAUUAUGACGCCGCAGGGAAGUGGUAUGUGUUGUCUCGUUCUUGAAAGGAUGAUGAGUGAAUGGAAGACAUAACGUUCGCAUGGUUUCUUUUAAUCUUCAAUAGCAAGCAAUAGGCACAAGCGCACAAGGAGGAGGACGACUAGGACCACAACCAAAACGAAGGAAUUAGAGAUAAGGCUUUGCUCCUUCUUUCACCUACGUGGCUCACCAUCCAUCACCUCUUACAUAAGAAUUUUGACUACGAAAGUAAAUAAUAUCUCCAUCUAACAGUUAUAUGCUUAUUGGAUAUCAUUACAACAUAGAUGAUCGUCAAAUGAUAUAAUAGUACUCAAUACUUGUAAGUACUGUAAUAAAUUGUGCAAGAAACUUUGAAAUCCAAAUAUUUUGACGGGUCCAAAAUUUGACAUGUAUAUAGAAUUUUGAAGAGUCGUUAUAAU